UGGGCGCAGGAACUGCCGCCGCGGCCAGGAGUGGUGCUGCCCGGACGGGGGCCCGCUGGGGUCAGUGUGGCGGGGGGGAUCGAGAGCUGACAGCGCGUACUUGAGCCGCAGUUGCGCUGCGAAGACUUCUCUUUGAGCUGGAACCCCUUAGAUCACCCCCCAAAAUGAAGGCAGCAGAUGAGCCUGCCUACCUGACAGUGGGGACUGAUGUCAGUGCCAAGUACCGAGGUGCCUUCUGUGAGGCAAAGAUUAAGACUGUGAAAAGGCUGGUGAAAGUUAAGGUAAUCCUGAAGCAAGAUAACUCUACACAAUUAGUCCAAGAUGAUCAAGUAAAAGGACCUUUAAGAGUUGGAGCAAUUGUGGAAACUAAAACACCUGAUGGAUCCUUUCAGGAAGCUAUUAUCAGUAAAUUGACAGAUGCCAGUUGGUAUACUGUAGUGUUUGAUGAUGGUGAUGAGAGGACAUUGAGACGAACCUCCCUAUGCCUAAAAGGAGAGAGGCAUUUUGCAGAGAGUGAGACACUUGACCAGCUUCCACUAACAAAUCCAGAGCACUUUGGCACUCCAGUAAUUGGAAAGAAAUCCAACAGAGGAAGGAGGUCUUCUCUUCCUGUGACAGAAGAUGAAAAAGAAGAAGAAAGUAGUGAAGAAGAAGAUGAAGAUAAGAGACGUCUUAAUGAUGAAUUAUUAGGAAAAGUUGUGAGUGUGAGUUCUUCUGAGAAAACUGAGUGGUAUCCUGCCUUGGUAAUAUCUCCUAGCUGUAAUGAUGACAUCAUGGUGAAAAAAGACCAAUGUUUAGUUCGCUCUUUUGCAGAUUCCAAAUUUUACUCAAUAGCAAGAAAGGACAUCAAGGAAGUAGAUAUUCUUAGUCUACCUGAAUCUGAACUCUCUUCUAAACCAGGCCUCCAAAAAGCAAGCACCUUCUUAAAAACCAAAGUUGUUCCUGAUAACUGGAAAAUGGACAUAAGUGAAAUCCUUGAGUCAUCUAGUAGCGAUGAUGAAGAUGGAGCAAAUGAGGAAAGUGAUGAAGAAAAAGAUAAAGAGAAUGCAAAGGAGGAAGAAGAGAUGCCUGAAGAAGAGCUUGAUCCUGAAGAGAGGGACAACUUCCUCCAACAGCUUUAUAAGUUUAUGGAAGACAGAGGUACUCCCAUCAAUAAACCACCUGUUUUGGGCUAUAAAGAUCUAAAUCUCUUCAAACUCUUCCGGCUGGUUUAUCAUCAAGGUGGCUGUGACAAUAUUGAUAGUGGUGCUGUUUGGAAGCAAAUUUAUAUGGACCUUGGCAUUCCUAUUUUGAAUUCUGCAGCUUCAUACAAUGUAAAAACUGCAUAUAGGAAAUAUCUCUAUGGUUUUGAGGAGUAUUGCCGUUCUGCAAAUAUUCAGUUUAGGACCAUUCAUCAUAAUGAACCAAAAGUAAUAGAACAAAUUAAAAAAAUAGAGGAAUCAAUGGAAGAAACUGUGAAAGUGGAGCAAGAAAUGCCUUUAGUAGAAGUAAAAAGUGAAACUGAAGAAAACAUUGAUUCAAAUAGUGAAAGUGAAAAAGAAAUAGAAGAAUUAAAGUCUCCAAGAGGUCGGAGGAGAAUUGCUCGAGAUAUAACCCCUGCUAAAAAAGAAAAUGAAGAAGAAAAAACAGAAGACAAAUUAAGAGAUAAUAAUAAAGAAAAUAAAGAUAUAGAAGAAGAAUCUGAAAUUGUAGAGAAAAAGGAAAAUGAGACACUCCUGGGAAGAAAAAACACACCAAAGCCAAAAGAGAAGAAAAUUAGAAAGCAGGAGGAAUCUGAUAAAGACUCAGAUGAAGAGGAAGAGAAAAGACGAGAGAGGGAGGAAAUUGAAAACAAAGAGGAAUCUGAAGGGGAGGAAGAUGAGGAGGACAUAGAGCCCUGCCUAACAGGAACCAAAGUAAAAGUAAAAUAUGGACGUGGAAAAACUCAGAAAAUUUAUGAAGCCAGUAUUAAAAGUACUGAAAUUGAUGAUGGAGAGGUUUUAUACUUGGUGCAUUACUAUGGAUGGAAUGUCAGGUAUGAUGAAUGGGUGAAGGCUGACAGGAUAAUCUGGCCUUUGGACAAAGGUGGACCAAAGAGAAAACAGAAGAAAAAAGCUAAAAAUAAAGAAGACAGUGAAAAGGACGAAAAGAAGGAUGAAGAGAGACAGAAGUCAAAACGUGGACGUCCCCCUUUGAAGUCCACCCUUCCAUCAAAUAUGUCUUAUGGUAUCUCCAAGUCUCCAAACAUUGAAGGGAAAAUGGGUGCCCGAAGUGCACGAAGCAGCUUACCAGACAGCUCACCUCUGACAAAUGGAAUGGAAGACUCUGCUUCAUCUGAUAGUGAAAUUGAAGACACUUCAGAUAAGAAUUUAGUAAAUGAAGAACUUUCUCCAGAGAUUAUAGAAGAACUAGAAAAGAGUGAAAAAUUUACUGAUGACAAGAUAGAAGAAGAAAACCCACAAUUCCCACAUGUGUUAAAAGAAAAUGAUAGGACUCAAGUACAGCCUUUAGAAACUUUGAAGUUGGAAGUUGAAGAAAGUGAACAAAUAGUGCAAAUUUUUGGAAACAAAAUGGAGCAAAUAGAAGAUAUUAAGAAAGAGACAGAAAAAUCUCCUAAAGGCAAAGGAAGAAAAAAUAAGACAAAAGAUCUUUCUCUGGAGACUAUAAAGAUUUCUCCACUGAGCCAGGAUGAAGCAAGAAGUGAAUCUUACAUAGAACCUCUUAGUCUAGAAGUUUCUUCUUUAGAAAGUAAAGAUUUUUCCUCUACUACUGAAGAUGAAACAGACUCAUGCACAAAAGAAAAAAAAUUAAAGAGGAAAAUAUCAGGACAGUCAUCACCAGAAAAGAAAAUUCGAGUUGAGAAUGAGAUGGAAGUGCCUGAUCUUGUGUCCGAAGAAAGAACCAAUGACUAUGUUGUAUCUGAGGAAUUGAAGGAAUUAAGUUCUGAAGAGCAGCCUGAAACGGAACAUGAGGAGAUGCCAUCAUUGAUAGCAGAGUCAGAGCAACAAGUUCAAGAUGUAACCAGGGAAAAUUUUGACUUUCCGUCUGAAGAAACUGAGAAUGUUGUAGUAAAAGAAGAAGAAGAAGAAGAAGAAGAAGAUGUCAUGCCUCUGAUUGGACCUGAAACCUUGGUUUGUCACGAAGUGGACCUUGACGACUUGGAUGAGAAGGAUAAGAACAGUGCUGAUGAGGCAGGCACAGAAACACUUGAUCCAGUCAGCCCUGUUCCCAAUCCCCCUGCUUUGCCCCCAGCUGCCCCACCUGGAUUCUCUGCUCCUUCCCCACUUGCUCUCAGCCAGGAGGAGUCUCGAAGUAUCAAAAGUGAGAGUGACAUAACCAUUGAAGUUGACAGUGUAGCUGAAGAGUCUCAAGAAGGCCUCUGUGAGAGUGAGUCAGCCAAUGGAUUUGAAGCUAGCACAACAUCAAGCACCUGUAGUGUGACUGCCCAAGAAAGAGAAGUCAGAGACAAAGGCCAGAAAAGGCAAAGUGAUGGAAAUGGUGGAUCAUUAGCAAAAAAACAGAAGCGUCCCCCCAAACGAACAAGUGCUACUGUCAAAAAUGAAAAGAAUGGCGCAGGACAAAGCAGUGAUAGUGAAGACCUUCCUGUCCCAGACAGUACAAGUAAAUGCACGCCAGUAAAACACAUACACGUGGCAAAGCCCCCAAAGCUUGCUCGAUCUCCAGCAAGAAUGAUGUCGCCUCACAUCAAAGAUGGAGACAAGGACAAACACCGAGACAAGCAUCAAAAUUCAUCCCCUAGGGCAUAUAAGUGGAGUUUUCAACUUAAUGAACUAGACAAUAUGAACAGUACAGAGAGGAUCUCUUUUCUACAAGAAAAAUUGCAGGAAAUAAGAAAAUAUUAUAUGUCAUUGAAAUCAGAAGUAGCAACUAUAGACAGAAGGAGAAAAAGAUUAAAAAAGAAAGAUAGAGAAGUGUCUCAUGCAGGGGCCUCAAUGUCAUCUGCUUCAUCAGACACUGGAAUGAGUCCAUCAUCAUCAUCUCCCCCACAAAACGUGCUUGCUGUAGAAUGCAGGUGAUAAAUACUUUCUCUGCCUUCCCAGCAGUUUGCUGCCAUGGACAUAAAUCCUUAAACCCUGAAAUACAACCACAGAAAGCACUCAACUGGUUUAACAUUGCCAAGUAUAUCCUGUACACUUUUCCACUGCUGGAUUGUAUCGGUUUCCCCCUCCCCCCCUUUUUUUCUGUGUGUGUGUGUGUGUGUUUUCUUUCUGUUGCAAAAGAGAAAAAUAAGCUGAUUGAUAAUUGAAGGUUAGGCAAUCUGCCACAUUUGUCGUCAUUUUUCCCCUUAAUAUUUGUUUAUGUUUAUGUUGAUACAGAGAAAGGGCACUUAGCAAAUUUGAAUUGUCUAACAAAGUUUUUCAGGUGUUAUAUAGAAAUCAUAGACAAGCAAGUGCACACAACAAACAUCAAAAUACUAUCCAGCUGAAUAGUUACUGCUGCACUUUCACCAAGGUGUAUUUAAUUCUUGGUGAGUAGGUUUUUUGUUUUGUUUUUGUUUUUGUUUUUUGGUUCUUUUGUGUGGAAGCACUUGCUAUACAGAACUGCCAAAGUAUGUGUUCAGCAGUGUGCCCAGUUUUAAAGGUGUAAAUGGGACAAAAUAAAUUGUGAAAGGAAGUGUAGUUGACUGAAAACUACCGUUGUAAUAAGUCUUCCACUUUUUAUAGGAUUUUUGAGCACACAAUUAUGCAAAUAUUUUAAUGU